AGAAUCUGUAGGAUGUGAUAAAGCGGUUCAAUGAGUCCGAGAUCUUACCAAGGACGAGGACUGAGCAAGAUUUGGUACGGGAUCUGGAACAGGAUUAGGUUCCGCUGAAGACUGAUAAUCCAGAAAGUGCACCCUUCCUCACCGAAUGAACCGGCCACCGGCGCUAGAAUUUUCAGCCACUUCAAGGUUUGAUGAAAAACGGACACCGAACAUUAAAAACUCCGGGAUAGACACGGUUUAUAUGCAUUACUCGACGGGUAGGGAAUCGGGCGGAAUACAGCUUGUCAAAUGGAGAUUUAGCACGGUCACUGAUGAUGACAGAUCUGAGUGGCAAACACGCUGCAUCCUGACACCACGAGCUUUUCGUGAGGUACAUAUAUGCAACAAUUUUCCUGCGAUGUUCAAGUGUCCACAAUGUCCUGACCGGAGUUUCCUUAAUCCCCAAUCUUUGAUCGACCACCAGCGUUUUUCUACUAAGUGGCACCCUUUCUGUAAGAGCUGCGACAUGUCACUCGGCAACUGCAGUCGUAGGAAUUUCGAGGACCAUCUACGUCGUCAUCGUGACACUGACGCGGAAUUUAGAUGCUCGACAUGUUCAAGGGGGUACGCAACCAGUCGUGCCCUCGACGAACAUUAUCGUCAAUCCCCGAACCACCCGAACUGCCCCGUCCGAUCCUGUAGAAGAGGUUUUCGCAAUAAGGUGACAUGUGAAGAGCACGUCAAACAAAGUCAUCCAACCGCUGAAUGUUCCUGCGGCGACCAAUAUUUUAUAGAAGAAGGUGACCAACACCUCGAAACUUCCUCUCACCAUCCCGUUUGCGCUAUAUGUAAUAUCGGCUUUGUCGAUGCGGGGGCUUUAUCAAAGCACGAGAACAUCGCUCAUAAGGAAUUAUUGUGCAAGCGAUGCGAGAGGCAUUUCAUUAAUCAUGAUGAGCUUGUACAACACUAUUUAAGCUCCUUUGCUCAUCCAACAUGUGAAAUUUGUUGUUUGGGUUUCGCCGACGACGACGUCUUUAGGCAGCACAUUAUGGUGAAACAUUCGUCCUCGAAACCCACCAUCCUCGUCGACGUCCCUCCCAACAACGGUAAUAUUCAAGCCAAUAUAGUUGCUCCUGGACACACGCAAGACUCAGGCGCCUGUCCUUCUGAAGCACGCACCUGGAAGCUCAAUUCACGCGCGAGUAGCGUGGACAUUAGUUCACCAAUCGUGCGCUCCCUUUGGGAUUCCUCUUCUACUGCCAAGAAUUCUGCCUAUCCUUGGGAAGACGUACCAAUUACCAAGGAUAACACAGAAGACCGUAACAUGGUAUCGAUGGUGGAGAGACUUAUCGGCGGGGCAGACACCAAACAUGACCACGAAUUACCUGUAACAAUAUAUGAAAGCGCAAGGAGUCCUAUCGCAUUUACUGGACUUACGAAGUCCCUUUCUUUACACCUUCCGACUUUGAACUUCAACGAUUCUUCGAGCUGUACAGCUUUCAACCCCUUUGGACCCCCCGUGUGCAGUACUCCUUCGCCGGAUACCUCAUCACCACAAGGACUUGCCGUCCUUCCAGUAGUGUCCCCGUUGGCUUCAACCCCAAGCGACGUCACCAUGUUAGAUGGUCACACUAACAGAAUGGCCAACUCGACUUCCUCCACUCUGUCAACGGCGACAUUCCCUUCGAAAGAUGGAUGGAAGACUGUCAAUAGCUCUCCUAUUCCCAGGCGAGAUUCCACGUCCUCCAUCGAAACCCGAGUCGAAAGCGUGGAUUCUGGCGACCGCGGCGGCCCUGCAUUCACGAAGGUAGUGACGAACGAUCGCUGGAAGCUGUUUGACGACGCCAUUAGCGCUUUGACGUCCCCGGCUGACACCCAAAAGCGUCAUCCAGAAUCAACAUCCAUUGACACGUCCAUCGAGACUCAAGGGGAUACUACAUUGUAUUCGCAGUCAGGCUCUGAAUCUGGAUCGUCAGAUUCUUCACCGUUGUCCGCGACCGCGACAUCACCCGAUUUAUCGUCAAUUAGCCUAUCGACGGUGGAGAUGCUGAUACUGGAACAAGAAUUGGAGGAGCCUUUGCCGCGUCAAGCCCUGAAAAUCGCGAAACGGAACGGUUCUAGCCAACCCCCGAUCGAGAGGCCUCGGGAGUCCCUCGUCUAUUGUCGUUUAUGUGGAAGAGACCCGUGUGAUGACUGUACAGCAACGCUUUGUGGUCACCUCUAUUGCCGCGGAUGUAUAACUGAGUAUGUAAUAAAGACCCCUCGAUGUCCCACUUGUUCUGCACCCACUUUACUGUAUUGUCUAUUCCGCCUUGAUCUUUCUUGAUAUAUCCCUGAUACAGACGCUUUUUUCUUGAUGCACGACUGAGAUCGUCGUAUACGACGUGCAUAUCUGUACACCCUCGAAGCAAGGCUUCAAGUAUAUAAGACUGUGUACUUAUUCUGCAAUCUAUUGUUCAAAGCAGGAAAAACAGAAAGACCAACUCCUCUCACGGAAGUCAAGUCAGCUGAUCGUUCGUCGAGUCCCCUUUCUCCUCAUAAGACUCCUCCCUCCGCUCCCUCCGCUUCCUCCCAACUUCCGACUCCUUCCCAAACAACGUUGUCCUUCCCUCCAAAAAUUUCAAGCACACAAGCGUCACCAUAACCGCAAUCCAAUAGAAAACAUAUCCCAGAACAGUGCCCAGCGACGCAUUAUUUGACCAGCCAAAUAUGGCGUUGAACACCGACCAUCCCUGACUACCAAACUUGUUGUCGGGAUUGCAGCAAUCGAGAUGCCAAACGUUUCCACGAACAUCGUAAGAGCCAGGUCCAUCGCCUCCAGCAUCGUCGAUUUCCGCACCGAGUAAAGCAUUAUAGGCAUGCCGUUCGAAGGAACCGAUGGAUCGAGAAAAGAGGCCGGCACCGAUGAGGAGAAGCAGGGAG